UCUUACAACGGGAUCUGACGUCAGAGAAGUUGGACGAUCUGGAGUAUGAUCUGAAGUCGGGAAAAUACCAAUCAGAAACGCCCUUGGUCAUCACUGAGAGCUUUGGUGGCACCACCCUGCACUUCUGCGAAACAAGAAAAUCAUCCCUCGAGAGGGUACCCAAAUUCAAGCCCAGAUCACACAACGUGAAAAUGGAUCCAGAAAUUCUAGCACGCUUAAUGCCACAAGGGAAAGAGACUGUGCGACCAGCAUGUAAAAAGUGUGGAUACGCAGGACACUUGACCUAUCAGUGCAGAAACUUCAUCAAAAUAGAUCCCAACAAAGAUAUAGUGUUGGACGUGAGCAGCACCAGCAGUGACACAGAAGACGACUAUACGACACCACUCACCCUGUUGAGGGAUGAGGAGUUGCGUUCUAAACUGAAGGACGAGAAGAAAAAUAAAGCUAAGAAAAAGAAGAAGAAACGAAAACACAAGGCCCAAGAUAGUUCGGAAUCUGAAGAGGAAAGUCCCAAGAAGAAAAGGAAGAAAUCAUCCAGUGACGAGGACACAUCUCUCAGUGAAAGUGAUCGCACCAGGAAAAGUAAGCACAAAUCAAAAAAGAAGAAGAAGAAACACAAAACAAAGCACAGAAAGACAAAACGGUCUCGUUCUAGUAGUGAGUCAGACUGAAAUGUAAAGUGUUGUAUGUAAUUUAGUUCAAACAUUGUAUAAUGUAAAAUCUAAAAUAAAGAAGUUUGAAUACCAAA